AUGAAUUUAGAGGAUAACUUGGAUUAUAAGAAUUUAGAGGAUUUAAACGAAACUUUUUGCAGUGAAUAUGAGGAUUACAGUGAAUAUGAAAGUCUAAGUAGUGUAGAAAAUAAUGAAUCUUUAGAAUCUUUAUUUGAAUUAGAUUUCAGUAUGCUUGCAAGUGCAAAAAAAUUGGCUCAACAAAAUAUUUCAGAAGAUGAUGAUCAGGACGAUAUAAGUGAUGAAAAAAUUUGGGAGCUUGCACAUUUAUUGAUUAAUGCUUUUGAAUCAGAAAAUCCUUUUGAAAAUCUAAUAUUUGAGUUCUGUAACAAUAUAAAUGAUGAAGAAAUUAAUCAAUUAGUUAAUACAUAUGAUAUUGGAAUUAAAAAACUACAAACAAUAGUAAAUCAAGAAAUUCUUUUAACAGAAAAUUAUACAACUGUUGGAAGAAGGGCAAGAAAUAUUACACGUGUCACA